CCCCCGGAAGUCGCCGGCACUGGGCUCCCAGAGGCCGCCCCGUUUCCCCGUAGGCGCCCUCCUCCACUUCCAGCGAUGCCAGGCACUUCCUCCCCGCCUGUCGCUCCCGCCGGCCACGACAGCAGCAUGGCCGGUGCUGAGUUGCGGGCAGCGCUCGAGCGGAGGCUCGACGCCCUCGCCAUCCGCACGGAGGUCGUGGAGCACCCGGAGGUGUUUACUGUUGAAGAAAUGAUGCCUCACGUCCAGCAUUUGAAAGGAGCACAUAGCAAGAACUUAUUUCUUAAAGACAAAAAGAAAAAAGGCUAUUGGCUGGUGACAGUUCUUCAUGACAGACAAGUUAACUUAAAUGACCUUGCCAAGCAGUUAGAUGUCGGGAGUGGAAACCUGCGGUUUGCCGAUGAAGCAGCCAUGCUAGAAAAGCUGAAGGUUGGCUCUGGCUGUGCCACACCCUUGGCACUCUUCUGUGAUGACGGAGAUGUGAAAUUUGUCCUGGAUUCUGCUUUUUUGGAAGGUGGGCAUGAAAAGGUAUACUUUCAUCCAAUGACCAACACUGCAACCAUGGGGUUGAGCCCUGAAGACUUUCUUACAUUUGUGAAGAAGACAGGACAUGAUCCCAUAAUACUGCAUUUUGAUAAAAACUAAUUGGACUACUGUUUAGAAUAUAUGUACAUAUGAAAGCUGUUUUUCUUAUUUCUAAUUUGUAAGAAACAUUAAAAAUAUUUAGCACCUUG